AUGAAUACGGUGGUUGGAGAGCAUCGGCCAUGCUCCGAUGAAGUGGUGCAAGAUGCGACAGGUUCACAUUCUCGGCGGCGCCGCUUACUCCUAUCGACCGAUAGCGCAUUCGCCGAUACAGUCCUCCCGUCUCUCGUUCAGAACCCAUACAUCGAACUCCGGUUGAUCACAGACGAACCGUCGGCUUUACUCACGGGUACGAACAAGAUCCCACAUUAUAUGGAUACGGUCGACAGCCAGACCUUCGAUAAGAAAACUGGCGCACGAAAAUGGCUCAAGGCGAAAACGGCCGAGCUGUGUGAAUGGGCGGAUAUGCUUUUGGUUGCGCCUAUCGAUGCUGGGGCUCUGGGAGCGAUGUUAGCUGGCUUGACGGACACCUUGACCCUAGCGCUUCUUCGCGGCUGGGUCUCGGAAAAGCCAGUGGUUCUCAUUCCUGGAAUGACGGUUUCAGAAUGGGAUCACCCGCUCAGUACUCGGCAACUCGAUGAAAUAAGUCAUUACUGGCCUUGGAUUCGCAUCGUCAACCCCGUGCUCUGGAAGUCAAAAGGGCCCGAAGACUUGACGAUCCUACCAUGGGAUGGGUUGAAGGAGUUACAUGAAACACUGGAAACCACAUUAAAAGUGCCGCCAUGGCAAGCUACGAUGUCUGCGACUCCCAACGGCACCGCGGUCCCAGCGACGACUGCAUCGGCAUCUGGAACGGCUACCGGAUGCAUAACACAAAUGAAACACGAAGGCAAUGCUGAUUUUUUACCACUUGAAAUCUGGCUGAACGUUUUCGAGGAGCAACUGCAGGACUGGGAAACAGCGAAGGCCGUAGGCAUUCCGACCCGUCUGCCUGUUCCAAAAGAAUGGCAAAGCCAUUUACCCAAAAUGUCAACUCCAGCUUCACUAGAAUACACUAUUCUACGAGGAUCCUUCGCUGCAAUCAAGAGGCGCAUUGAGGCGCUUCCUCGCUGGAAACCACUCUCCGACCUCGCUUGCCACCUCAUUGUCAAAUUUUCUCGCACAGAUAUCCUUUCCUAUCUCACCGAAAAUCACCUCGAUCUUCUUUGGACAACCACCCGACUUACAAACAUCCCCUACCGAGCAUCCGCAAUAUACGGAAACCCGAACGUUCUGACAUGGUGGCGCGAUGCGCCUGCACUGCCAAACAAAGAGUACAUGGCCGAUGCCAUGGACGGUGCCUCCCGCGCCGGAUUCACCAACGUCCUAGAUUGGUGGCUCCACUCGGGCCUUCCACUGCGUUACAGCGAGCGAGCACUGGAGGCCGCGAGCGCCGAAGGCCGAGUAGCCGUGCUGGACUGGUGGAAGUCCGCCUCCGAUAACGCCCCACCUCAUAACCCUUUGCCUCUGAAGGUAGGCAAAUCGGUCCUUCUUGCAGCUCAGUCGGGCCGCACCGCAUCUCUCGCUUGGUGGGAUGCAUCCGGGAUCCCCUAUAGCCAUGCCGAGAACGUCGCCCGCAUCGCGAGCACACAUGGCCAUGUUCAUGUCCUCGAAUUCUGGUAUAAGCUCAAGGGCCCGAAGAUGAUAUUCGAUAACCAGGUUCUGGUUGGUCCGACGAAGAAUGGCCACGACCACGUUCUGCAGUGGUGGAAAUCAUGUGGUAUGCGCGUCGAGUUCAAAACUUGUGAUAUCGAGGAAGCGCUUGAAGAUGCAGAUCCUAGUUCCGGCGCUGAGGGUCGUGUUCGGCGCUGGUGGGAGCGGAAUGGAUUGAACCUUGGUGUUGGUACGACCUCCCGUGACGGGCCGAGAGUCGCGAUCAUCCAACAACAAUCCAACACCCAAUCACUGAACAGUCAAUUUUCCCCCAAAACACAUUUGAUGCUGCUACGCCGGGUCCUACAACGUAUGCCACGCGGCGAAGGUCUAAGAGCAAUAUCAUAUCGCACGGGACAGUCAAUACAGCACCCUCUCAACAUCCAAUUCAAUGGCAUCAACGGCAACUAUAGCAUCAGAAAGCAAAACAGUGUCAAUCAAAAUGUACGAAAGCAAUUUAACUCAUGGAGUCUAAUGACAGACGCGAUUCCAACCUUUGCUAUACCGCCUCUGAUGUUCAUCGGGCUUCUUCUCAGCCUAUGGACAUGGAAAUGCUUCUGGAUCAUUGUCAUGCAAAAUAAGCUCCUCUAUCUCUCCUGGCUACCUCCGUUCACUAGAUCUGAGGGAAUUUCAGAUUAUGAAGUUGAGUGUAGACCGGUGCAAUGGGAGGAGAAGCAGAUCCGCAGUCUGGAUGGGACUAAAUUGGCUGUUUGUGAAGGCCAUAUUUCGCUCUCUCGCAUAAUUCAGAAGUCAAGGACCGCUACGGGCGAGACUGCCGAUACUGCCAAGAUUAAAGACCAAGGGUCAAUGAGUUCAACUCGGAAAAAGUCCGUCGUGAUUUGUUACUUCCAAGGCAAUGGCGGAUCAACGCCUAUGCGCCUGCCUCUUCUUUCUCAAGUCUUGCGCGCAAUCACAGAGACGACAGGCUCAACCUCAUCUCCUAUGUCUGGCUCAAAAACCACAGAAUACACUGUCGUGGCUCUAUCAUACCGCGGCUACUGGACGUCCUCUGGUCGUGCCACACAGUCUGGCAUCGAGAAGGAUGCCCAGGCGUUCCUGAACUGGGUGUCGAAAGUCUACGCGGGCCCAGAGACGGAUCUGGAAAUUGUAAUAUGGGGACAUAGCCUGGGCGCAGCUGUUGCAACGUCGGCAGUCGCUACAUAUCUCGUCCGUCAAGGCAAGCAAAACAGUGCCGAGCGUCUUGCGCCCAUUUCCAGGGUCAUAUUGGAGGCACCAACUUCCAGUAUCAAAGACAUGCUCAUCAGCCUAUACCCCCAGAAAUGGCUUCCAUAUAGAUAUCUCGGCCCAUUUUCUUGGAAUAACUGGGAUAUCAAGGCGGAUAUGCAGCAAAUGGCCAGGUGGAGAGAUCAACCUGCUCCCGACUCCGAUCCUGCAAGCCCAACGCCUCGCUCGCUCCCACCGAUUUUCCUCCUAUCUGCCGAGAAAGACGAAGUCAUCCCAUCAUAUGUACCAGAGCAGUUAUCAAAACAUGCCAAUUCUCUUGGCUUGCAAAUCGAGACGAAAAGCGUCCCCGGCGCUAUGCACAUAGAGGCACCACUCAAAUUGGACGGUAGGAAGGCAAUGGUGCAAUUCAUCCUGCAUGGUCACAUCGACCCAUAA